AUGCCCAAGAAACACCACAGGAACACGUUUGCCAAGCCCAUCAGCACACCCCAUCAUACACUCGCGACUUCCGGCUUCCACGCCCAAAAUGAUCGCUUCCGGUCGUCUGCCGCUUCCCCAGGCGGGGAGCAACCCUCCGUCAACGACCUAAUUAACCACCUCCGCCGAACCCAAGUCUCCGCGUCAGCGACCGACACUAAUCGCAGUCCAUCUCGACAGAUUGCGCCCCGAUCCGUCCAUCCAUCUCUACGGAAUCUCCUCGAGCUCCCCGAGACCCCUCCACCUCGCCCCCGCCCAGAUGCACGACGCACUGGGAUCGUCGGACGACGAUUGAGGAGGACAGCUGGACCGCCGCCGCCCGAGAGCUGGCUUUCAGGAAAUUCGGCGGCAGAUAAUGAGGAGGAGAGCGAAUUGGAUGCGGCUGAGAUGACGAAGAUCAUAUAUCGCCUUGAGCGCUUACCUGGGAAGGAAUUCCCCGCAAAAAGCAGCUUUCUGCAUGCGCUCUUGAAGUCAAUGGCUAUGCACUGGGCGUGGCAUAUUGCUUAUGAUGGACAGUUCCUGGCGCUAUUACCUACGCAUAUCAAGGUGUUGCUACUUAGCUAUAUCGGAUACUAUGCGAAAGACCAGCCUUUGCAAGGUCUUAUGCGGGGUCUCAAGCCAUUGUUCGAGAAUGUGGAGAGUGAUGGCUCUGAACAGGUUGCGGCAGCCGAUAGAGAGGUGACGCACCUUGAUCUUAGCGGCGCAAUUGGCCGGUGGAUGUCUCUGAAGCAGCUCCCGAGAGAAGUGUUGCUUCCAAAGAAACCUGUCCCUGUCCAGAUUGAUGCGCCGGGCUCAGUUCCAUCGUCUUGGGAUGAGGAACUUGAGGAGGGAGUUGAUACCAGCUCUAGCACCCGCAGUACCAUUCCCAAAUCAGUACAGGGUCUCCGUUUCGAAAACCUACAGUACCUCUCACUCGCACAUCCAAACCCAGCCUCCGUGAACUGGAACUCGCUCAUCCACCUUCUAUCCCGCCUCUCAACAAUAACGCACUUAUCGCUCGCUCAUUGGCCAGUCCCAACUAUAACCCCUCACGCACUCAACGCCAGCAUCAGACAUCCAACGCACCGCUCCCUCACCUUCUCAUACGGCGGCACAGACUCAUACUCCGCCAUAGAGAACAACUGGGCCGAAUCAGCGGGUAUCCUCCGCAAGUUGUCCCGCGUAACGUACUGUCUCAAGUGGCUAGAUCUCGAAGGCUGCGGCGGCUGGAUCCCCGCGCUGAAUUGGGAGGGGGUCGGUCCUCAGGGCGAAGCAUAUACGACAGGUCCCGAAUGGAACGGAUCCUGGCGAGAUAUUGAAUGGAUCCGUCUCGGGCCGGGGUGGCUCCCCCAGCUAAAUGAGAGUGAUAUCCCCAUGACAGCCUUGACAUCAACCAGCACUCACCCAUCGAACUCCCGGUCCCUCGCCUCCUCCAUCCAUGCCGCACCAAGCCCCAGCCAUUUCGCUACACCCGGUGAAAUCUCAUCGAACCUAACCGGCUCAAGUGAAUCAUGGGACGUCGAGGUCGAACGCCGCAAAUACCGACUUGGAAAGGAGCUCGAGCGAUUCCGGGAGUCGAUUCGCUCGGCGAAGGCCGUUCAGCGAAGGGUUCUGCAGAGUCGAAAGGAAGGGCGAGGGAAGUGGGCGCAGUUCUCUUUUGGCCUUGAAGGGUUGGAGGAGAGUCUGCUUGAGACGCUCUUGGGUCCGGAGUUUGAGAUUGGGUUGAGAUAG